ACUUCCCUCAUAAAGUAAAGCGGCAGACGCUUGAAGUGUACGAGCAACAAACCAGCUGUAGAUUAAUCGCAGUUACUGCCACAUGAACUAUCUCCUUUUGGGGAGGUAAAUGGUGUGUUCGACAUAGUUUGAACUGGAUUAAUAACUCUAUAUUUAGCCGCUCACAAGGUCGAUCUAGCUUACUUUUCUCUUCAUCGCGGAUUUUAAAGUGGACGUUUUGAGUCUAGUGAAUGCGGUGAAUCAUUUCUGUUGUCCUUCGACGUCCAACGCACAUCCCAGCUGAAACCAUGCCAUUCCCUUUUGGGAAGUCUCAGAAGAGCCCUGCAGAGAUUGUGAAGAGUCUGAAGGAGCAUGUAGCAUACUUGGAGAAACUGGAGUCAUCUGAAAGCAAGAAAUGUGAAAAGGUUGCAGAGGAAGUAUCAAAAAAUCUUGCUUCUUUGAAAGAGGUGCUGUCUGGCACUGGAGACAAGGAGCCUCAGACUGAGGCAGUGGCUCAACUGGCUCAAGAGCUCUACAACACCAACCUCCUCAUUUCCCUCAUAGCAAACCUACAGAGGAUUGAUUUCGAGGGAAAGAAGGAUGUGGUGCAUCUGUUUAGCAACAUAGUGCGUCGCCAGAUUGGCGCUCGCACCCCGACUGUGGAGUACAUCUCUUCCCACUCACAGAUCCUCUUUAUGCUGCUGAAAGGCUAUGAAACCCCAGAAGUGGCCCUUAACUGUGGCAUGAUGUUGAGAGAAUGUCUGCGUCAUGAGCCUCUGGCCCGAAUCGUUCUGUUCUCUGAGGAGCUCUACUGCUUCUUUCGCUAUGUGGAGCUAUCUACUUUUGACAUUGCCUCUGAUGCUUUCGCCUCUUUUAAGGAUCUGCUGACAAGACAUAAGAUCAUGUGUGCAGAUUUCUUGGAGACAAAUUACGACAGAGUGUUCACAGAGUAUGAAAAGCUGCUGCAUUCUGAAAAUUAUGUCACCAAGCGGCAGUCUCUGAAGCUCUUAGGAGAACUAUUACUGGACAGACACAACUUCACAGUCAUGACCAAAUACAUCAGUCGAGCUGAGAACCUAAAGCUGAUGAUGAACAUGUUGAGAGACAACAGCCGCAACAUCCAGUUUGAAGCCUUCCAUGUCUUUAAGGUGUUUGUGGCUAACCCCAAUAAGACACAGCCUGUGCUCGACAUCCUCCUCAAGAAUCAGUCCAAGCUGGUGGAAUUCCUGAGCCACUUUCAAACGGACCGCUCUGAAGACGAGCAGUUCUGCGAUGAGAAGAACUAUCUCAUUAAGCAGAUCCGGGACCUCAAACGGCCUGCACCUGCAGAGGAGUCCUAAUUGGGAAAACAUGGAGUGUAGAACCGGGGAGCUCGGCUAGAGAUGUGGUUUGAUUAUGUGGGUGAGAAUUGGAUGGGAGGAAAAAAAUAAGUCAAAGACAGAAAGAAAGGAAUCACUCGGAAUAAAUGUCUUUACAUCCAACUUCUGAAACAGGUAGAGAAAUGCUGUCAGGAUGUGCAAACACAUGUCUGUCCCUUUACUUGGGGGCGAGCAGGUUUUUGCUGCAGGAGGAGCAAGUGGAACCCAAGCACUCCAUUUAAACCCACAGUAUAUACAGUACAUUUUUAGCACUGCCCUUAAAAAGGAAGUACAGUUGACUUACUUUUAGAUGGUAAAUCUUAGAUUAGAAAAUGUAUUGAAAUUGAUCAGAAUGAAAAGUAUAUUGAAAGCCUGCUCAGGCCUUUUUAAAAUUUUUAAAAGUUAGAACAUGUAUAUUGGUACAGGUAUGGCUUUGCAUAUUUGCACUAAAUCUGGUAGCUUUGCUCCAGGUAGGCCAUUAGUGCCACUUCAUAAACCAAAUAUUAACGAUAGGUCAUAAAUACAGGACAUUAUGGGGCCUUCUUUCAGUACACAAACACAAAUUCAUCUGAUCAUUCUCACAUUUUAAACUAGUCAAGGGACGUUAAAGAAUUUUCUAGCCUGAAAAUGUCAUAUAGUCAAGUGAAAUCUUACGGAGAGAGAGAAAAAAAAAAAAUAGCCUGUAGAGUUUAGCGGUCAUGUUGGAUGCUGCACUCAAUUUCCAUUUUAACUGGGUGCCUUAUUUAAGUAGCUUGGUCAUUCUGGGUCUUCUGUUACAUUUAUAUUUUAUCUAUAACAUUUGAUUUGUAGUAUUAUUCUGCUUUUGCUUGGGUUAACACCUUAGGAGGACUAGUUUUAUUUAAAUGAAUAUGAAAUGAUAACAAUACUCAUUUAAAGUUUUCUCAGUUUAGAUGAACCAUGAAAUGAAUUCAGGGUUCAUAAAUUUCAGUACAUGGUACACAAUUACAGUGCAAGACAUGAUAACCUCCACACACACUGUAACACUGAAAGGAUGUGAAAUGCUAGAGCUGGGGCAUGUCAUGACAUUCCUCAGCUGCGCUUUGAUAGACAGCUUAGACAAGCCAAUUAAGCCUUUAAAAGAUGGAUGCAGUAGGAAAGAGCAUUUAACACAGUUCUUGUGUCCUGCACUGUCAAACUUGAAUGAGCCAAAGCUGUGGUAACAUGUUAUAGACCUAGAGUUUGGUUCUCCUAUGGAUUAUUUCUUUCAGUACCUCUUGGAAGUUUUAGAUGAAAUGCAGAACGGGAUUCUACUGAAAGGUUCCACCAUUAGUCUUUAUAUCUUAAGUUGAAUAUAUUUUAUGUACUCUGUUUGCACAAGUUCCUUUCUUAUAUACCUCAUAGGUUUUAAAUUCCUAAGUGCUGUUUUCCCCCCUGCUUUGUUUCAAUAGAUAUUGUGGAAACACUUUACAGUAUGGUUUAAUUCAUUCACGUUAGUAAGUGCUUUUAAUAGAAUUUAUUAAUUUUGGUUCAUUUAUUUAUAUAUAUAUAUAUAUAUAUAUAUAUAUAUAUAUAUAUAUAUAUAUAUAUAUAUAUAUAUAUAUAUACAUUUUAAGUUGCAUACAUGAACAUUAGUUGUUUUGAAUUAAUAAUGACCAAUAGCAUAUUUAUUAUUAACUGUUCAUGAUACCUAAUGCAUUAACUAAUGUUAACAAAUCAAACCUUAGUGUUAAGUGUUUCUGGUAUUAUUUUGGAUGUGGGGUGGUAGUUUGAAUUAUGCAAGCUCAAAUAAGACCUUACUUCAUGCCAAAGUUGUGGUCUUGUAAUGGUGAAUAGGACCUACAAGGGAAACAAUUUAAUUUUUUUCAGUUCUCUAACGAGUACAUAGAAUGCCAGGAGUGUGAGAGAGAGCACUCGCCGUGCUUGUGAAAAUGAGCCACAGUUUCACUCUAAAAGGUUUUUAAUGAAUUCAUCCAAAUGUCAAUGUGUGCUUGUGCUUUGACAUCGUUUCAGUCGUUCGCUCAUCACCAGAAAGAAGCAAAUGUUUUUGUAAAAGUAUGACUUGUGCAUGUGGAACUUCAUUGUAAGUGUUUAGGAUUUGAAAAACCUUCUGAGCUGCCUUUAUUUGCUUUUAUAAACCGCAUCAUGUGUGAAUUCACAAAGCCUUUGUGUUGAACGGUGGCCUAGACUGAUUCAUUCGCCUUUUUCCCAAAAGAUCUACAGCUAUCGAUAACCAAAUAUUUCCACCAUUUCAUUAAAUGUCACUUGAUACCACAUGUACAUGAAUGGGUGUUUGGCCAAAUGUGAUUGUUCCGCUAACAGGGUUUUUGUCCUUAAGCUCAUUGAAGCUUUGAGGCUUUAGAUUCUCCACGCAGUGAUAGUGAUCUCUGACAAAGAGAUUCAUAAUAUGUUAGAUCUUUGGUAAGUUAUUAUGGUGGAUUACAUACACCUUUGUACACCUUUAUUAUUUGCAGUUUGACUGAUAAUGUUUGCUAUGCUUUUCACUGUUUUCACUCAUUUUCCUAUGAGAUUUCUGUUCUAUUUUUCACUGUGGGAGAGGAUUAUAUAUGUACAUAAAGUUUUAUUUUAAACAAAAGAGUAAGUGUGUAAGCAUAUUGAAAAUAAAAUAAACAGUGGCACUUCUUAUGUGCGGUAACAUCAA